UUUCCCAUCUUCUUCUUCUUCUUCCUUAACAAAAAAAACCUCACUGCUCGAACGCCAUAAACGAAAUCCUUCUCUAUUCGUGAACUUGUCAAUGCCUGCACAUAAACGUUCUUGGUCAGACAGUCUUGUCGGAGAAGAGCUUAGUGACCAACAAUUCAGCCAUCAAGAUGCCAAGCAAUCUCGAACAGAACGACAGCCGAACACUGAAGUAGAAGAAGAAGAGGAGGAGGAGCAAAAGAAACCGAAGGAGGAAGCAGAACGAGCAGAAAAGCAACACAAGCAAUUGGAAGAAGGGACUGGAGCGAGAGAUUCCGAAGAAAGCGAAUCCUCUAGCUCUGAAGAGAAACCGGAAUUUAUUUUUGUGGAGCUGUCAGGCAUUCGAAAAGAUGUUCAGUGCCCAAUUUGUCUUGGGAUUAUUAAGAAAACGCGAACUGUAAUGGAAUGCCUGCACCGGUUCUGUAGAGAAUGCAUUGACAAAUCAAUGCGGCUUGGGAACAACGAAUGUCCUGCUUGCCGCACACAUUGUGCCAGUAGACGUUCUUUGAGAGAUGAUCCAAAUUAUGACGCACUGAUUGCCGCCCUAUAUCCAGAUAUUGAUAAAUAUGAGGAGGAGGAAUUAACAUUUCACGAGGAAGAAAGGACUCGUAAUAAACAGAUUCAGGAAUCAAUUGCGCAGACCUUUCAACGACAAUCAGAAGCACUAAGUAAGAAGCGUAUGUUGGGCAAGGAUAUGCCUGGUAUGAUUCUAACAAGAUCACGUCGCAAUCAUAGGAAUGUUCAUCUACGGAGACAAAAUGGCCGAGGAGAUGAACUGUUGGGAUAUGAAGAUAAUGAAGAUGAAGAUGAUAAUAGUGAGGGCAAGGAUUCAUCGUCUGCUGAUGAGAGAUGUGCAAAAGUUAGGCAAAGGAGGAAGAAGAGGCAUUCCACUAUUCGAUCCUUUCAGCCUUCUUCGUCAAUAGCCAGUGUUGAUUAUGGAUGCACCGAUGGAUGUGCUGAAAGUGAUUUAGAUAUGAGAAGAGAAAAUCGUACAGUUUCUCCUGGUCUUGUCUUGAACUCAGAAAUGCUCGGUUGGGGGCGUGGUGGUGUACGUAGUAACACACGGUAUGGUAAUGCUGGUGGGUUGAGCAAUAAAGGUUCCAGGAGUGGUCGAUUAAUGAAGUUAGUCAAUUACCUGCGAGGCCUUGAAGAAAAUAACAAUGAGCUAGAUGUCCAUAUCCUACUUAUUUCAGUGGAUACAGAAAGCACUCCAAGUUUAAAGCAGCCACAUCUCCAAUGCCGUCCAAGUUUGACUGUCAAACACUUGCGUGAAUAUGUCUCCCGGAAGACACCUCUCCCAGCUGAUGAUGUUGAAUUACUGUCAGUGAGAGAUCGUUAUGGCACUAGCGAUACUCAAUCAACCCCAAGUUCGUCAAUCUUCAAUCCACUCAAGUAUGAGCUACAAAUUUUGGAAGGCGAAGAAACUUUGGCAGGACUUCAAGCAGAUUGCACUUAUAGUAGGGAGCACUUGAUUCUUGGAUAUCGUUGGAAGGGGCGGAGUUAAACAAGUAACUUCUAAUACUUAUUUUAACUUGUUAUUCAAUUUUUCAUACCUUUUAGUUUUAGCGAUAGGAACAGUUUUAGUUAUACCUGCUGAUACAAUAUGAGGAAAUCUGUAGAUAUGAAUCCUAGAGGGUUUGUUAUUACAGCAGCAUUACAGUAGCUACAUUUUUGAAUUCUGGUUGUUGAACGGCAUAUUGGAUGCCAUUUUGGUUGAGUGAAAUUAAUAAACUCUAACUGUUCCUGCACACAA